UUCUCUGCAGUGGCCGCAAUGGAGGGUGAACACGCGCGAAGCACCGGCCGACUGGUGUCUCUUUCCGAGCAGAACCUGGUCGAUUGCAUUCACAAUGAAUACAUCGAUGGUUGCAGAGGGNCGGCUUUUAAGUACGUCAUUUCCAACCGAGGCAUAGACACUGAGCAAUCGUACCCUUACACCGCCCGCGAGGGGCAAUGCGCCUUCAGAGCUCAAAACGUAGGCGCCACCUUUCGAAGCUAUGCAAACGUGAGUCAAGGCUCAGAGAACUCGUUGCAAGAGGCCGUCGCCAACGUAGGCCCCAUCUCGGUGGUCAUUGAUGCCAGUCAGCCGUCCUUUCAGCACUACAAGCAGGGAGUGUACGACGAUCCGGGAUGUUCUGUUAAUCGGUUUAACCACGCUGUAGCGGUGGUCGGCUACGGUCUUUAUCAGGGGGUGACGCCCUACUGGAAGGUGAAAAAUAGCUGGGAUGUCACUUGGGGCGACCAGGGCUACAUUCUCAUGUCGCGCAACAAGGGCAACCAGUGCGGCAUCGCCAGCUACGCAUCUUACCCCAUUGUCUAG